AUGACACCUAAAGUUUAUCGACAUGAGGACUUGAGCGACUUGGAUAUCGUUCAACGCUGUCUCGACCCCAAUCGUCAAGUUGUCGGCGGUUAUGGGAAUCCUGUAAUAAAACUAUCAGAGGAAGUGGUAGUCAAAUUCGGCCAUGAUGUUUCAGCCGAAGAGGCAGACAACCAAAGAAAAGCUCUAGAGCUACUUGAUAACACCAUUAUUCGCAUACCACAAGUAUAUCGCUACUUCACUUGGACCGACAAUAGCACAUCAACUUUGAAAGGGUUUCUUGUUAUGGAAUUCAUCCAUGGCGAAGUUCUUGAAUCAGUGGAUAAUCAUCAGAUAAACCAGAUUGCAAAGGUCCUCUCACACUUUUCGACUAUACAGGGCCAGCGACCUGGUCCACUACAGACGGGUGUCUCGCGCGGACUACUCUGGGAAGAGAAUGGGAAGCCAACCUUUGAAACAACCAAACAAAUGGAGCGUUGGUUAAACUUCAGGCUACCAGACACCAAGUCCAAAUUAGCCCUCGAGGAGUAUCCCUUAGUUUUGUGUCAUUUGGAUCUUGCACUACGAAAUAUUAUUUGGUUAGAGGAUGGCUCUGUGUGUUUUGUGGAUUGGGCUUCGGCGGGCUUUUAUCCAAGAUUCUUUGAAGUCUGCCUUUUGAAAAUUAUGGAAAACAGUCAUGGGGACUAUGAGCUAAAUCUAAUAAGGCAGAUGAAGAAGUUGACGGAGGAUGAGGAGGCUCAAAUGUCACUCUUGGAGCGGUCAUUCUAUAACGGUAUUAAUUACUACUUUCCUUCAAUAUCGGAGACUCUGUUGUGA